AUGCUUUCCCGAGUGUUCUUUGUGAUUAGCAGCAGCUUGUGGCUGAGCUCCGUUCUUUUUGGCGGAGGUAUCGAUGCAACGUUUGGCAGAACAACAGUAAAACUCGAAGGGCUUGCUUCUACCUCAGGUUCUGCCGGUGAACACCUUCCUUAUGGUACACCAGAGAAAAGAAAGAUUCUCUGGCAGAAAUUGAGGAAUGAAUUUUCGGAAAAGGCAAGGUUAUUGCCUCGAAGGGCCAACCCGCAGGACGAGAGACUUCUAGCAGACGAUAUAGAUGCAGCUUGGGAAAAGAAACAUAAAGAGGUCAUACAACUUUACGAGGACUACAAGAUGCUUUCGCACAUUUACAACGAAUUGCGCUGGGUUAAGGCCCGAUAUCAGAUUUCAAUUGCCUCAGCCAAGCAUCAAACGUUGGAAGACCAGCGAUUCUCCCAAGUCUUAGAGCAUUUGGAGGCGGCGCAAAGCCAGAUAAAGCCUCUGUACGAAGCAACGCUUCUCCGACUAGGGAACCUUGAAGCGUAUAUGGCAUACAGGGCAGUCAUAAGCCAACUGGCUCCAGGAUUUGAUGAAUUGAUACCCUCUAGCGAACGCAAGCAGUUCAAAGCAUACAGAAUUCAUGCCCAGAGUACGUUACGCGCGUUCGGCGGUGCCGUGCAUCAAUAUGUGAACGAAAUGCUGCGUCUAUCAGAUGUCAACGCCGAUGAAAAGAAGCUCGGCUUACCGCUGAAUUCCUUGAGAGGUCGCAUAAUCAAGUAUGGGAAUAUGGCCAUCAAUUUCUUGAUCAGAAAUGAUCUUGUCGAUGACCAAGAAGCGUCCAAGCGUCUUGACACGGGGGUGGCCAUAGCCAACUUACCAAUCCCUGAACUCACGAAGAACUUAGAGAAGAUACGUUUCCGGGGCUAA